AUGGCCAGCGAGAAUUCACCCCUUUUGGCCUACCGGCUCCUGGGGGAGGAGGGAAUGGCCUUCUCCGCUAAUGGAGCAGGGGGUCCUGGCGGGGCAUCUCCCCGGAAGCUCUCCACCUUCCUGGGCGUGGUGGUGCCCACAGUCCUGUCCAUGUUCAGUAUCGUUGUCUUCAUGAGGAUUGGGUUUGUGGUGGGCCACGCUGGGCUGCUGCAGGCCCUGGCCAUGCUCCUGGUCGCCUACUUCAUCCUGGCACUCACCGUCCUCUCUGUCUGUGCCAUCGCCACCAAUGGAGCUGUCCGGGGGGGCGGAGCCUACUUCAUGAUCAGUCGGACUCUGGGGCCUGAGGUCGGGGGCAGCAUCGGCCUCAUGUUCUACCUGGCUAAUGUCUGUGGCUGUGCUGUGUCCAUGCUGGGGCUGGUGGAGGCUGUGCUCGACGUCUUUGGGACUGAUGCCACAGGGCCCAGUGGACUUCGAGUCCUACCCCAGGGCUACGGCUGGAACCUGCUCUAUGGCUCCUUGCUCCUGGGCCUUGUGGGUGGGAUCUGCACUCUGGGAGCGGGGCUGUAUGCCCGGGCCUCCUUCCUUACAUUCCUGCUGGUCUCGGGCUCCCUGGCAUCGGUGCUGAUUAGCUUUGUGGCCGUGGGACCCAGGGACAUCCCUCUGACUCCUCGACCUGGCCCCAACGGCUCCUCCAUGCCCUACCAGGUUGGCCACUUCACUGGCUUCAAUAGCAGCACACUGAAGGCAAACUUGGCAGCUGGCUAUGCCCAGGACUACACGACGGGGGCCAUGAUGACCUUUGCCAGCGUCUUUGCUGUCCUCUUCAACGGCUGCACAGGCAUCAUGGCAGGGGCCAACAUGUCAGGCGAGCUGAAGGACCCCAGCCGCGCGAUUCCCCUGGGCACCAUCGUUGCUGUUGCCUACACCUUCUUCAUCUAUGCCCUGCUUUUCUUCCUCUCCAGCUUCACCUGUGACAGGACCCUCCUGCAGGAGGACUAUGGCUUCUUCCGGUCCAUCAACCUGUGGCCCCCACUGGUGCUGAUUGGCGUUUACGCUGCAUCUCUCUCAGCUUCCAUGAGCUCACUCAUUGGGGCCUCACGCAUCCUCCAUGCCCUGGCCCAGGAUGACCUCUUUGGUCUCAUCUUGGCACCGGCAAAGGUUGUGUCCCGAGGGGGAAACCCCUGGGGGGCUGUGCUGUAUUCUUGGGGCCUCGUGCAGCUGGUGCUCCUGGCAGGGAAGUUGAACACCCUGGCUGCUGUGGCCACUGUCUUUUACUUGGUGGCCUAUGCUGCAGUGGAUCUGUCUUGCCUGAGCCUGGAAUGGGCCUCAGCCCCUAACUUCCGCCCCACCUUCAAUGUGUUCUCUUGGCACACCUGCUUGCUGGGGGUGGCCUCCUGCCUGCUCAUGAUGUUUCUCAUCAGCCCUGGGGCCGCCGGCGGCUCCCUGCUUUUCAUGGGCCUGCUCUCUGCCCUGCUCACAGCUCGAGGAGGUCCCAGCAGCUGGGGCUACGUCAGCCAGGCUCUGCUUUUCCACCAGGUGCGCAAGUACCUGCUCCGGCUGGAUGUGCGAAAGGAGCAUGUGAAAUUCUGGAGGCCACAGCUGCUGCUCUUGGUGGGGAACCCUCGGGGCGCCCUGCCUCUGCUGCGGCUGGCCAACCAACUCAAGAAGGGGGGCCUGUAUGUGCUGGGCCACGUCACCCUGGGCGACCUGGACUCCCUCCCCUCGGACCCGGUGCAGCCACAGUAUGGGGCCUGGCUGAGCCUGGUGGACCGGGCCCAGGUGAAGGCCUUUGUGGAUCUCACACUCUCACCCUCUGUGCGUCAGGGGGCUCAGCAUCUGCUGCGGAUCUCAGGCCUCGGUGGCAUGAAGCCCAACACGCUGGUCCUGGGUUUCUACGAUGAUGCUCCCCCCCAGGACCAUUUCCUCACAGACCCAGCCUUCUUGGAACCUGCUGACGGCCCUAGGGAAGGGGGACCCCCCUCCCUGAGCACCUUGUUCCCUCCACCUCGGGCUCCUGGAAGCCCCCGGGCUCUCAGUCCCCAGGAUUAUGUGGCCACCGUGGCAGAUGCCCUCAAGAUGAACAAGAAUGUGGUCCUUGCUCGGGCCUGCGGAGCCUUGCCCCCCGAGCGGCUGAGCCGGGGAUCUGGGGGCACCUCUCAGCCACACCACGUGGACGUGUGGCCCCUCAACUUGUUGCGGCCCCGGGGUGGGCCUGGCUAUGUGGACGUCUGUGGCCUCUUCCUGCUGCAGAUGGCAACCAUCUUGGGCAUGGUGCCUGCUUGGCACAGUGCCCGUCUCCGCAUCUUCUUGUGCUUGGGGCCUCAGGAGGCCCCUGGGGCAGCCGAGGGGCGGCUCCGGGCACUGCUCAGCCAGCUGAGAAUCCGGGCUGAGGUGCAGGAGGUAGUGUGGGGUGAGGGGGCCGGGAGCAGGGAGCCGGAGGAGGAGGGGGGGGAGUUUGAAAACUGCGGGAGGGGAGAUGCUGAGACAGAGGCCCUGGCAAGCAGUGCCAACGCCCUAGUUCGUGCCCAGCAGGGGCGAAGAGGGGGUGGACCCUGCGGCCCCGAAGGUGCAGAUGGGGAGGAGGGUCCUUCCACUGCCCUUACCUUCCUGUACCUGCCUCGGCCACCCGCUGAUUCUGCCCGCUACCCCCAUUACCUGACACUGCUGGAUAUCCUGAGCCGGGACCUGGGCCCCACACUGCUCAUUCACGGCGUCACCCCUGUCACUUGCACUGAUCUCUAA